UUUCCUCCUUCUCUAUAAAUAUUUCCAUAAGAACAAAUACUUCUCAUCUGAAAAAUACUUAAUAUAGAAAUAUGAAGGUUUCAAUUUCUAUAACACAGAUAGUGCUCUCUGUACUUCUGCUGCUAUGUUCAGCACCAACCUCUUACCCACUAGUUCUUGAAAACUUCUUGAAGUGUCUUCCAAAUCAUGUUCAUGCAUCCAAUCCAAUCUUUGGAGCCAUCUACACGCCAUCCAAUUCCUCCUUCCAAUCUGUUUUAGUAGCUUACAUCAAGAAUCGCAGAUUUUUAACCUCUGAUACCCCCAAACCACUGGCCAUAAUCGCUGCCUUGCAUGAAUCCCAUGUCCAGGCAACUGUUAUUUGUGCCAAGUUUCAUAGCUUGCAGAUCAGGAUCAGGAGCGGUGGCCAUGAUUUCGAGGGUCUUUCUUAUAUAUCCGACGUCCCAUUUGUGAUUCUUGACCUCUUCAAUCUCCGGUCUAUUGACAUAGAUAUUGAUGCUGAGACUGCAUGGGUUCAAUCUGGAGCAAUUCUCGGAGAACUAUACUAUGCCAUUGCGAAGAAAAGCAAAGUUCAUGGUUUUCCAGCCGGAGUUUGCCCGUCGGUUGGUGUUGGCGGUCACUUUAGUGGAGGAGGGUACGGGAACAUGAUAAGGAAAUAUGGGCUUUCAGUAGAUAAUGUCAUUGAUGCAAAGCUAGUUGAUUUCAACGGUAAAAUCCUGAACAGAAAAUCCAUGGGGGAGGAUUUGUUCUGGGCAAUUAGAGGAGGUGGUGGAGCAAGCUUCGGAGUCAUCCUCUCAUGGAAGAUCAAACUAGUUCGAGUCCCUGAAAAGGUGACCGUUUUCCUGGUGGACAGGACCUUGGCAGAAGGAGCAACUGAGAUUGUUUAUCAAUGGCAAGUCACAAAUAAAUUAGAUAAAGAACUUUUCAUCAGAGCACAACCAGAAGUACAUCGAAAUGUUAAAGAUGAGAAGACAGUAAGAGUCACAUUCAUAGGCCUCUUCUUGGGAAACACUGAGAAGCUUCUUAGCUUGCUGAAGAAGAGCAUCCCUAAACUGGGUUUGAAGCAAGAAGAUUGCAAAGAAGUGAGUUGGUUAGAAUCUGCGAUUUUUUGGAAUAUUCCACUUGGAACACCUCCUUCACCUUUGCUCAACAGGAGUAUCCAACCAGAUUUGUUCUUCAAAAGCAAAUCAGAUUACGUGAAAAAGAUGUUCUCCAAGCAGGAUUUGGAGAACAUUUGGAAGCAGUUCCUGAAAACAGAAGGAAUGAUAAUGCAAUGGAACCCUUAUGGAGGAAGAAUGAAAGAGAUUUCAGCUUCAGAAACUCCAUUUCCUCACAGAGCAGGAUAUCUAAUCAAGAUUCAUUAUUUUACUCUCUGGUUUACAGAAGGAACAGAAGCGAAAGAUCGUCAUAUAAGAUUGGCAAGAGAAAUGUAUGAUUCAAUGGCUCCGUAUGUGAGCAAAAACCCAAGAGAAGCAUUUCUCAACUAUAGAGAUCUUGAUAUUGGAAGAAAUCCAAGCAAUGAGACCAACUUCCAGGAAGCUCAAGUCUACGGCAGCAAAUAUUUCAAGGGUAAUUUUAUAAGAUUGGCAGCUGUGAAGAAAAGGUUCGAUCCUGAAAAUUUCUUCAAGAAUGAACAGAGUAUUCCUCCCCUUAACUAACAAAAUUUCCAUGGCGGCUUUGUAUGUUUGUUUACAAUAAUUAAGGACCUGCCUGUUUGUAGUGUUUGUAUUAUACCAUAUAACCAGCCUCUGCUUACGUUUUAGAGAGUAGAAAUUAUCAAACACUAAUAAUAUAUGUGUUUGGUUUAUUUUAUA